CUCUCUCUCUCUCUCGGGUGCCAUGGGAUUAAACGGCUGUUCUUCCUCUUCCGGCGGCCGGUCCUUCUUCGGCGGCUUCUGGUCCGCCGCCCUCCGGCGAAAAGCCAUAGGGAAUCCAACCGAAUCUGUGGCCGGCCAUGGCGGGGGGCUCGUUCGUCGCCUCGGCCUCUUCGAGCUCAUCCUCAUCGGAAUCGGCGCCUCAAUCGGCGCUGGGAUCUUCGUUGUCACCGGUACGGUGGCUCGUGAUGCCGGCCCGGGUGUUGCAAUUAGCUUCGCUCUUGCUGGAGCUGCAUGUGUACUAAAUGCCCUGUGUUAUGCUGAAUUAUCUUCACGCUUUCCUGCUGUCGUUGGCGGAGCAUACUUAUACACUUAUGCUGCAUUUAAUGAACUCAUGGCGUUUCUUGUUUUCAUCCAGUUAAUGCUGGACUAUCAUAUAGGUGCAGCAAGCAUUGCUCGCAGCUUAGCUAGCUAUUUCGUAUCCCUGUUGGAACUUCUGCCUUUCUUAAGGGGACAUUUUCCUAGCUGGAUUGGACAUGGUGGAAUAGAAUUUUUUGGUGGAGUCGUGUCUAUUAACAUAUUGGCUCCUAUCCUUCUGAUACUUUUGACCUUAAUUCUUUGCUACGGUGUCAAGGAGUCAUCAGCAGUGAACUCUUUUAUGACUGCAACAAAGGUAGUCAUUGUCAUUGUUAUCAUUUUCGCUGGUGCAUUUGAAGUUGAUGUAUCAAAUUGGUCGCCAUUUGCUCCAAAUGGUUUUAAAGCUGUCAUCACGGGAGCAACAGUAGUAUUCUUCUCUUAUGUUGGAUUUGAUGCGGUUGCUAACUCUGCUGAAGAAUCCAAAAGACCCCAGAGGGACUUGCCUAUUGGUAUUCUAGCAAGCCUUUUUGUAUGUGCAGUUCUCUACAUUGGUGUCUGCUUAGUAAUAACUGGGAUGGUCCCAUACAAGUUUCUUGGUGAAGAUGCUCCUUUGGCUGAAGCUUUUACAGCUAAAGGGUUGAAAGUCGUUUCUGUUUUAAUUAGUAUUGGAGCUGUGGCAGGCCUUGCUACCACCCUUCUUGUUGGUCUAUAUGUUCAGUCUCGAUUGUAUCUUGGGCUUUCAAGAGAUGGUUUGCUACCUUCAGUUUUUUCCAAGGUGCAUCCGUUGCGACACACGCCUAUUCAUUCUCAGGUCUGGGUUGGUCUUGUUGCUGGUAUCAUGGCAGGUCUGUUUAAUGUACACCAGCUUUCUCACAUUCUUUCAGUUGGUACACUGACUGGCUAUUCAGUUGUUUCGGCAUGUGUGAUAACCCUAAGGUGGAAGGACAAAGUUUCCAGUCAAGUUUCUGGGAAGUGCAUUUCAGCCCGUUGUGAAGGCAUCAUAUGUCUUGUAUUAAUUGCUUUCGGUGGUUUUCUAGCUGGACUAUGUUACCGUUUCAGUGGUUCUUUUAUCAUUAUUAUAUUUGCUGUAGCGAUGGCAAUUUUUGGAGCAGUUGCUGUCCAAUUUCGGCAGGGUUAUGCAGAUCCACCUGGUUUCUCUUGCCCUGGGGUCCCCAUUGUCCCUGUUCUUUCCAUAUUUAUAAAUAUCUUCUUGUUUGCACAGCUACAUGAAGAAGCAUGGUACAGAUUUGUCAUAGUGAGCUUGAUCUCAGUUGGCAUUUACGCCCUCUAUGGACAGUAUCAUGCGAAUCCGGUGAGUUCAGAGCACUCAGUAGUCUACCAUGGUGUUCCUUCUGAGGCUGCCUAGAAGUGGUAAUUUUAUGGUAUCAUCCAAAUAUGUAGUCACAGACCAAGCUGUGAUGGGGAUAAUAAAUUCAAAGUAGCUCAAUUCAUGUUCUCAAUGAACUCCAUGGAUGCCAUUGCCAUUGCCAUCGAAUAGGUUCAAAAGAUCAUUCUGUAAUUUAUUUCACAACACAGAAACUUCUGAGUUGUAUUAUCCCUGUGUCGGAAGCCAUUGUCCUGGGUUCUCAUCUGUAAACUUAAGAACAUAUGGGACACCGAAACGCCGAUCCUUUAUUAUGUUGCUUUUGGUA